AUGUCACCACUACGCGCUGAGCUUGAAACUGCACGGAGAGAGAUAGAGAUGAACGAUGCAGAAGUUGAGUGUGAGAAAAGACGAGCUCUCGAGCUGCAAAUGCAUGUGGUUGAUUUGGAAUCUCAGCUCUCUGACUCCACUCUCAAAUUUGAAACUCUAGUGACUGAGCUUGAGGUGAGUUUGUUAGAGAAGCAGACUUUCUUGGAAGCUAAGGUCAAAGAUUUUGACAACGACAAGAUGAGAUACGACAUGUCAGUGGCGGAGAAAGAUGAAGUUUGUGGCGAAGUAGACAAUCUAAAAGCAGAGAUGAGAUCAAGAGACAUCGAUUUCAAGCAGAUGGAGGAGCAACUUAACCAGCUGGUCUCUAGGCAGACCGGGCUUGUGUUUGAAUCAGGAACUGACAAGAACACUGUGGAAGAGCUAAGGCUAUAA